CAGAGUCGACAAACCGCCAUCUUUCUUUAGCGAGUUAGUAGGGCAAAAUAACAACCAGUUUGAAAUGGUUAUUUCUUCAAAAUAGAACGAUUGAAGCAAUUCCACUUGUUCAGUUAUUCUAAAUAGCAAGUUAAAAGAGGAGCAAGUGGAACGGAAGUCCAGAUACUGUGCACAUAUCCGCCAUAAGGCACAGCAGUUUGGUGUAAACGCUCGACUAGUAGUGGUGGUCAACAUGGGCCGCUCUCGGAGCCGCAGCUCGUCGCGGUCUAAACACUCCAAAAGCAGCAAGCACAGCAAGAAACGGAGCCGGUCUCGGUCGAGGUCCAGAGACAGGGAGAGGUCCAAGAAGCGGUCCAAGUCCCGAGAAUCGAAAAGGAACCGCCGCAGAGAAUCUCGCUCUCGUUCACGGUCCACCACAGCCUCGUCCCGCAGAGACAGGGCAGCCUCGCCGCCGGAGCGCAUCGACAUCUUCGGAAGGACGCUGAGCAAGAGAAAUGCCCUGGACGAGAAGCAGAAGAAGGAGGAGGAGGAAAGAAGGGCAGAAAUGGAAAGGCAAAGGAAGAUCCGGCAGCAGGAGAUCGAAGAGAAGCUGAUCGAGGAGGAGACUGCACGGCGAGUGGAGGAACUGGUGGCCAAGCGGGUGGAGGAGGAGCUGGAGAAGCGGAAGGACGAGAUAGAGCGGGAGGUGCUGCGACGUGUCGAGGAGGCGAAGCGCAUCAUGGAACGGCAGCUGCUGGAGGAGCUGGAGAGGCAGCGGCAGGCUGAGUUGGCAGCGCAGAAAGCCAGAGAGGAGGAAGAAAAAUCUAAGCGGGAGGAGCUGGAAAAAAUCCUGGAGGAGAAUAACCGCAAGAUCGCUGAGGCUCAGGCCAAGCUGGCCGAGGAUCAGUUGCGAAUCGUGGAGGAGCAGAGAAAGAUUCACGAGGAGCGCAUGAAGCUGGAGCAGGACCGUCAGAAGCAGCAGAAGGAGGAGCAGAAAAUCAUCCUCGGCAAAGGCAAGUCCAGGCCCAAGCUGUCCUUCUCCCUCAAGGCCACCGAAUGAGACUGCUCCCCCUUCGUCCACGUGUCGCGCCCUGCCUUCGCCCCCAUCCGGCUCUCCCUCCUCAUCAUUGGACCCCACUCCUCCGCCUCCUCCUCCUCCUCCGUGGAACGCUCGCUUCGUUUUGGAAGUGCUGAAGGAAGGCCGAGGAAAGGGGUGCGACCCGGUGUGUUAACUCGCUCGUCCCUGUGAAGGCCCACGCUGUCCCUCUCGGCCUUGAAGAGGAGGCAGCUCUUCGCCCUUGAAGGACCUGACAGCUCCCUCCAUCCUUCCUCAUCCCCACCGCACAGAUGACUCUUGUUUGUGCUUUUUUUUGUUUGUUUUUUUUUCUGUUUUUAGGGAACUUGAACUUUUGAUGUAGAAUGCUAUAACAUGUCCCUCGCCCCGCAAGUCUUAACUCUGGUGUAACAGCGAGCAACUGUGCGCCUGCGCUCUUCUUACGUCUUCACAGCCAGCAAACUACAGUAGAACGCCAGUCCCUGAUGUGGAAGAGCGUGUGUGACUUUGUUUAGUUCAGCUUUACUGUAAAAGCUCAUGUGCAGCUUGGGAGUCGGCCUGCGGUUUUCCCAUUUUCUUUCCCUUUUUUUUUUGGAAAAUCAGGUUCUUAAAUUGGCUGACGCAGUGGUAACAAAUCACAGCACAGCCUUUAAAAGCACAGUUCACUUCCCGUCCAGCUGACAGGUUUGUGUCUUCCACCUUCCUCGCUUCCUUUGCCCGUAAGCUCUGUCCACCGUAUAAAUCCACCGCUUCUUUUCUUAUUGCUUCAGCUGUCUGCCGUGUACAUAUAUUUUUUUCCUAAAGGCCACAGCAGCAUGUCGAGAGGAAACGUGACGCUCGUGUUAGAUUCGAAGUCGGCAGGUGAACUCAGCCUCGACUCCCAAGCUGCCCAUGACCGAACCACAAAACUUACAGCAGGAUAUGUGUCUCGUCAGCGAUAAGAGGCCCCCGUGGGCAGUGGAGGAGACAGAGGACGUUUCCUGUGUGAUGUAAUGUUAUUAGCCUUGCUGUGAUGUCCUGACUCCCACUCCCGCCCCAGUUAAGAUUGUGUUAUGAAAUUGAUCCACGAUUAGGAAGCAAAGAGUCACAAUAAUAAUAAUACUUGAGUUUUAUCGGUAAAUACUUGAGUUUUGUUUUAUCAGACGCGGGGGGGGGGAGGUGAAUUGUAUGAAAACACCCGACCGCACAGUCCGUGUCCUCUCCCUCAGUUUUGUUGUAGUAGAUUAACUUGGCAAGGCGCCUGCAGUGGUAAGUCUUGAUUCGUAGAAGGAUGGACAAGUUCAGGUAAGAUAAGGUUUGAGGUCAGCGUCUGUGAGUGUGCAAGAGUGUGUGCGUGUGCGUGUGCGCGUGCGUGUGCGCGUGCGUGUGUGUGUGAGAGAGAGAGAGCGAGACAGGCUGGCCUCAGGUGGGUAUAAUACAUUUUUGCUAUGUUGUGGGAUCUUGAAUUUGUUGUGUAAUUUCCCCCCAAUUGUCAAGGGACUGAACAGUUCAAUAAAUCCAUUGAAUGCC